UCCUAUAAGUAAGAUCCUUCUCCUUUCUGCUUCAUCAUAGAAAACAAGCAAAGCAAUUCAGAGCAACCUAUCAAGCCAAUUAAUCUCUGUUACAUAACCCAUUCCAGCACUACAAAAUGGCGAUGAUUCCAAGCUUCUUCGGUAACCGACGAAGCAGCAUCUUCGAUCCAUUCAAUUCUUUCGACCUGUGGGAUCCAUUCAAAGACUUCCCAUUCCCUUCUUCCUCUUCAAUCGUCUCUCAUGAAAAUACCGCUUUUGUUAACACUCGUAUAGAUUGGAAAGAGACGCCAGAAGCUCAUAUCUUCAAGGCUGAUCUUCCUGGGCUUAAAAAGGAGGAAGUGAAAGUGGAGGUUGAAGAUGACAGAGUGCUCCAAAUCAGCGGAGAGAGGAAUGUGGAGAAGGAAGAGAAGAAUGAUACUUGGCAUCGUGUGGAGCGCAGCAGUGGCAAAUUCUUGAGGAGGUUCAGGCUGCCGGAGAAUGCGAAGAUGGAUCAGGUUAAGGCCUCAAUGGAGAAUGGGGUUCUCACAGUGACGGUUCCUAAGGAGGAGGUGAAGAAGCCUGAUGUCAAAGCCAUUGAAAUCUCUGGUUGAUUAACGGCAUGCUAUGGAUAUAUAUAUAUAUAUAUAUAUAUGUGUGGCAAGAUAUGUAGAAAUAAUGGUGUUUGUGUGCCUUUGGGAUUCUCUGAGCAGUUUGUGAUGUAUAACUAUAUUAAAAGAUUAUCAACAUAUAAUAGUAUUGAUCCAA